ACAGACACGCAACCGCAAAAUGUACUCACUAGCAACGUUAGGUUGAGACUUGAGAAAUAAUCUUCACAAUGGCUGAUCUGAAAGACGAACGAGGAAACCCGAUCUAUCUCACGGACGAACACGGGAAGACAGCUCAGCUGAUGGACGAGUUUGGUAACGCUAUGCACCUGACAGGUGUUGCAACCACCGUCCCUCACCUCAAGGAGAGCAGCUACACGGGUCCACACCCAAUCACGGCCCCAGUCACCACCACCAAUACGCCUCACCACGCACAACCUAUCUCCGUGUCCCACGACCCUCUUCAACACCAUGAUCUCCGCUGGUUCGGCACAACCUAUACGGAGGAGGAUGGUGAUGAAGGAGUAGGGAGGAAAAUUAAUAUAGCAGAUGAAACUAAAUCGAAGCCAUCAGCUGCGCAUGCGACCGGAUCAGGAACGGUUCACGAGCCGCAUGAGAAGAAGAGUUUCUUUAAGAAGAUUAAGGAGAAACUUACAGGCGGCCACCGUAAUGACAUGUGAUAGUUUUCCAUACGAUGGUCAUAAUUACUUGUAUUGGGGAAAGGUUGUUUGCAAUUGUGUAAAAAAAUGAUGUUGUUGAGUAUAUUUUGUAACAAUAUCGAACCGGACCGGUUUGGGAGAUGUAUAUCCGAUCCAACGGAUGAGAUUGCAUAAUAA